AUGUCGACUCCUUCAAGGAAGAGGCUGAUGAGGGACUUCAAGCGGCUGAUGCAGGACCCUCCUGCGGGCAUAAGCGGGGCGCCGCAGGACAACAACAUAAUGCUUUGGAAUGCUGUGAUUUUUGGCCCUGACGAUAGCCCGUGGGAUGGAGAGCAAAGGUUUAAAUCAGAAUUUUGCGCCAAGGGAAUGAUCGUCUCUGGGUGGGGGAUGGUGGUGGCGCGUGUGAUUAAGGUGUGUGGUGGCGUUGGCCCCAAACAUAUUAUCAGAGUGCUGAGCAGAGAAAAAAGAGGCACGUUUAAGCUGACUCUCCAGUUUAAUGAAGAAUAUCCUAAUAAGCCACCAACAGUUCGGUUUAUUUCUCGGAUGUUUCACCCUAACAUUUAUGCUGAUGGAAGCAUAUGCUUAGAUAUUCUACAGAAUCAGUGGAGCCCAAUAUAUGAUGUAGCUGCUAUACUUACAUCUAUCCAGUCGCUGCUGUGUGAUCCUAACCCGAAUUCGCCUGCUAACUCAGAAGCUGCCCGCAUGUUCAGUGAGAACAAGCGAGAGUACAACCGCAAAGUGCGGGAGAUUGUUGAGCAGAGCUGGACGGCAGACUAA